AUGGCUCAGUCUGAAGACAUGCCUAAGGAGGUGAGCGCUGAGGGGAAGGCAGAGAGCGAGUCCGCCGGGGAGAUUAAACGGGCUCGGACCAUGGCUCUGUACAACCCCAUCCCAGCCAAACACAACUGUCUCACCGUCAACAGCUGUGCCAUUACUCCAUUUGAGUAUAUGAUCCUAGCCACCAUCAUAGCCAACUGCAUCGUUUUAUCCCUGGAACAGCAUCUUCCUGGUGAGGACAAGACGCCUAUGUCCAAAAGGCUGGAGAAGACCGAGCCUUAUUUCAUUGGGAUCUUCUGUUUUGAGGCUGGUAUCAAGCUGGUGGCGCUCGGUUUUGUUUUUCAUAAGGGUUCCUAUCUCAGAAACGGCUGGAAUGUAAUGGACUUCAUUGUUGUGCUAAGUGGGAUUCUGGCCACUGCUGGCUCUCAUAUGAAUAUCCCAGUGGACCUGAGGACCCUGAGAGCUGUGCGUGUGCUCAGACCCCUCAAACUAGUCUCCGGGAUCCCUAGUUUACAGAUAGUUCUGAAGUCCAUUAUUAAAGCCAUGGUGCCGCUGCUGCAGAUCGGUCUUCUGCUGUUCUUUGCCAUCCUGAUGUUCGCUAUCAUCGGUCUGGAGUUCUACAGUGGGAAAUUACACCACACUUGUCUGCCCUCUCCAGAUAUUCUCGACAACGAGACGGUGGACUCGUCUGAGGUGGAUUUUGCGUGUGGCGUGAGGAAGUGUCCUGAGAAGUACACCUGCAGUGGCAGCUGGAUUGGGCCCAAUGAUGGCAUCACUCAGUUUGACAACAUCUUGUUUGCAGUGCUAACAGUAUUUCAGUGCAUCACUAUGGAGGGAUGGACUGCUGUCCUGUACAAUACUAAUGAUGCUUUGGGGUCGACAUGGAAUUGGAUAUAUUUCAUUCCUCUCAUCAUUAUCGGCUCAUUUUUUGUGCUCAACCUUGUUUUGGGUGUUCUUUCUGGGGAAUUUGCUAAAGAGAGAGAGAGAGUGGAGAACAGACGUGCCUUCAUGAAGCUUAGACGCCAGCAACAGGCGGAGAGAGAACUCAAUGGCUACCGGGCCUGGAUAGACAGAGCAGAGGAAGUAAUGCUUGCAGAAGAAAACAAGAAUUCUGGGAGAUCAGCGUUAGAUGUUUUGAAACGGGCCACCAGCAAGAAAAAUGCAAGGCGUCGAGGACCGGGAGAGGAGAAAUAUUCUGAAGUCUCUACAGUUGGUGGCCCCCGACCGAGGGUUGGUAUACGGACAGCAAGACGAGGGCCCGCUGCUUACUUGCGGCGCAAGGAACGCAUGAUGCGGAUAUCUAUUCGGCGAAUGGUUAAAACCGACAGCUUCUAUUGGAUAGUCCUGAGUCUGGUGGCGCUCAACACCAUCUGUGUUUCAAUCGUUCAUCACAACCAACCGGAAUGGCUUACUAUUAUUCAGUACUACGCAGAGUUCGUGUUUCUGGGACUUUUUCUUGCUGAGAUGUUUCUGAAAAUGUAUGGCCUUGGUUUCCGUCUCUACUUCCAUUCAUCCUUUAACUGCUUUGAUUGUGGGGUGAUUGUUGGCAGUAUUUUUGAAGUGGUUUGGGGAUUCUUCAGGCCUGGAGAGUCUUUUGGCAUCAGUGUCCUCAGAGCUUUACGUCUGCUACGAAUCUUUAAAAUAACGAAGUACUGGACAUCCUUACGGAACCUGGUGGUUUCCCUCAUGAGCUCCAUGAAGUCGAUCAUCAGUCUGCUCUUCCUUCUCUUCCUGUUUAUCGUAGUCUUCGCUUUACUUGGCAUGCAGUUGUUUGGUGGAAGGUUCAUCUUUGAAGAUUAUACUCCUACUAAUUUUGACACGUUUCCAGCAGCCAUCAUGACCGUCUUUCAGAUUCUUACUGGAGAGGACUGGAAUGAGGUGAUGUACAAUGGGAUUCGCUCACAAGGAGGGGUGCAGUAUGGCAUGUGGUCCUCAAUCUACUUUAUUGUUUUAACCUUGUUUGGGAACUACACAUUGCUCAAUGUAUUCUUGGCUAUUGCUGUGGAUAAUCUAGCCAAUGCACAGGAACUAACUAAGGAAGAAGAGGAGGAGCAGCAAGAGGUCUUCAAUCAGCGUUCUAAAUGCAGAGAAUUUGGCCUCUCGGAAAUACGCAUAAUUAUGUUUGGCUUUUCUGAUGUUGUAAACUUGCUCUGUCGCUCACCUGGUACAGCAUUGCACUUGCAAUGUGGAGCGCUCGGGAAUUUAAUGGGAAACAACAAAGGCCGAGAUAUUAAGACCAUUAAGUCCUUACGGGUUCUCAGAGUUCUCCGUCCCCUCAAGACCAUAAAAAGACUCCCAAAGCUCAAGGCUGUGUUUGAUUGCGUGGUCACAUCCCUGAAGAACGUCUUCAACAUCCUCAUCGUCUACAAGCUCUUCAUGUUCAUCUUUGCUGUCAUUGCAGUGCAGCUCUUCAAGGGAAAGUUUUUCUACUGUACCGACGGAUCGAUGGGCACGCAAAAAGAAUGCCAAGGCUACUACAUUGACUAUGGGAGGGACAGGAAGGAGGUGAAGAAGCGGGAGUGGAGGAGACACGAGUUCCACUAUGAUAAUGUCCUCUGGGCUCUUCUGACGCUCUUCACUGUGUCCACAGGAGAGGGCUGGCCACAAGUUCUCCAACACUCGGUGGAUGUGACUGAAGAAGACCACGGCCCAAGCAGAGGAAACCGAAUGGAGAUGUCCAUUUUCUAUGUCAUAUACUUUGUGGUUUUCCCCUUCUUUUUUGUCAACAUCUUUGUUGCUCUCAUCAUCAUCACAUUCCAGGAGCAGGGUGACAAAAUGAUGGAGGAGUGCAACUUGGAGAAAAAUGAGCGGGCAUGCAUUGACUUUGUAAUCAGUGCAAAACCCCUAACGAGAUACAUGCCUCAGAACCGACAGACCCUCCAGUACCGAUUGUGGCACUUUGUGGUGUCGCCAUCUUUCGAGUACACGGUUCUAGUCAUGAUCGCACUCAACACAGUAGUGCUCAUGAUGAAGUACCACUCGGCGCCAGCUGCCUACGACAUCGUCCUGAAGCACCUCAACACUGCGUUCACUGUGCUCUUCUCCCUGGAAUGCAUCUUAAAGAUUUUUGCCUUUGGGUUAAUUAACUACUUCCGUGAUACAUGGAACAUCUUUGAUUUCAUCACUGUACUGGGCAGCAUUACUGAAAUUGUGGUAGAUUUACAGUCUGUGAACACCAUCAAUAUGAGUUUCCUGAAGCUUUUCCGGGCAGCUAGACUUAUUAAACUACUGAGACAAGGCUACACAAUACGGAUUCUGCUGUGGACAUUUGUUCAGUCCUUCAAGGCUCUUCCAUAUGUUUGCCUCCUAAUUGCUAUGCUUUUCUUCAUUUAUGCCAUUAUUGGCAUGCAAGUAUUUGGAAAUAUUAAACUGAAUGAUGAAAGCCACAUUAAUCAACACAACAAUUUCAAGACAUUCUUUGGUGCCUUGAUGCUGCUCUUUAGAAGUGCCACAGGAGAGUCGUGGCAGGAGAUCAUGCUCUCGUGUCUCGAGGGAAAGGAGUGCGAACGGGACCCUUCAAUACCACCACCUUUCACCUCUCCAGAUCAUGAAGGGGGCUGUGGCACAGACUUUGCCUAUUUCUAUUUUGUCUCAUUCAUCUUUUUCAGCUCAUUUCUGAUGCUGAAUCUGUUUGUGGCUGUGAUUAUGGACAACUUUGAGUAUUUGACGCGAGACUCAUCCAUUCUUGGACCUCACCAUCUGGACGAGUUUGUGCGCAUCUGGGGGGAAUAUGACCGAGCAGCAUGUGGCCGUAUUCACUACACUGCCAUGUAUGAGAUGCUAACCCACAUGUCUCCACCUCUUGGAUUGGGAAAGAAGUGUCCUGCCAAAAUUGCCUACAAGAGACUGGUGCUGAUGAAUAUGCCAGUUGAUGAGGACAUGACGGUUCAGUUCACAUCCACACUGAUGUCUCUGAUCCGCACUGCACUGGAGAUAAAAAUCGCUAGAGGGGGCGAGGACCGGAUACAGUUGGACAUUGAAUUGCAGAAGGAGAUAAGUGUCAUCUGGCCACACCUGUCCCAAAAGACACUGGAUCUGCUGGUACCCAUCAAUAAAGGUGAGACUCAGAUGCAAUGGAAAAUAGUAAUAGGGCCCUCGGCGGUUAAAGAGGAGAGGAUACAGGACAGUGUAGAUGAGACAGGAAACAACAAGGAGGAGAGAGAGGAUAACAGGACAGGCAAAGACCCUUUAGCCAUUAUUUGA